AUGUCGGAAGAUGCUUUAAUUUCCUACAUACUGAACAAAAUUGACGACCUAUUCACCGAAAAAAUUUCUCUAAUUUGGAGGGUGGCAGACGAUGUUGAAUCGCUGAAACAAGAACUGCAGGCACUGGUGAUCUUUCUCAACAACAUGGACUAUAAGCAGAGACAAGACGCUGGCACGAAGAAUUGGUUGAGCUCCGUUAGAGACGUAGCAUAUGAAGCAGACGACUUGAUCGAUGCCUAUACCAAUACGCUCGAGAAGAGGUACGUUCCUGCCACUAGGAUAUUUCAUUCUAAUACACUGCAAAAAGAUAUCAAGCAGUUAAAAUCCAAGAUCCGUGAGAUUGUCGAACGUAGAACUAUAUACAUACCUAAAUUGCACGAGCAAAGAGGCAAAGGAAGCAGCAGUAGUACAGCUGCAGAUCAAGGUCAUUUGCAUCUAUGGAGACGGUCAUUUCCAGACCUUGGUGAUGAUGUGGUUGUUGGUUUCGAACAUGAUGCUAACCUUAUAGUGAAGAGGUUGCUUCACUCGGAGGGACGUCGACAGGUUGUAGCCAUCACCGGGAUGGGUGGUGUAGGCAAAACCACUCUUGCGGCUGUGGUUUAUAAAUUAUUUUCUAAAGCUCCCGUACGCGGUCAUGCCCAUUUUGCCCAGCUUAAAGAAGUGGACUCCGGAGGUGAGCUUCAAAACCACUUUGAUGCUUGUGAUUGGGUGCCUGCUCAUCAAGAUCCCAACAUUAUGGACCUUUUGUUGAUCAUGAUUGACCAACUAGGCUUAAGCGAAUAUGUGGAAGGUAAGGAAUAUAGGAGAUACCUAAUAGUGUUGGAUGAUAUUUGGAGGAAAGAAGUAUGGGAUCAAUUAAAAGCAACUCUUCCAAAUUCGAGCAAUGGAAGUAGAAUAAUAGUAACAACUCGAUUCAAGGAUGCUGCCAUUUAUCAUGACCCAGGAUCUGAACCCUACGAAAUGAGGCCCUUAAACGAGGAUGAUAGUUGGCGACUUUUCCUUACAAAAGUUUUUCCACAAGACCAACCUACAUGCCCAAGAGAACUAGAGGACUUGGGUCGUCAGCUCUGUAGGAAAUGUGCUGGUUUGCCUCUUGCUCUGGUGGUACUGGGAGGUCUUGAUUUGAUAAAACAGAAGCAUCUAUCGCUGUGGUCGAAAUUACCUGAUAGUAUGAACUGGGAUUUGACGGAUAAUGGGAAACAAUGCUUAGAAAUCCUUGCUUUGAGCUACUACGACUUGCCUUACAACAUGAAAUUUUGUUUUCUUUACUUGGGAGCUUUCCCACAAGGUUCUGAAAUCAGUGCCUCAAAAUUGACGAAGUUGUGGAUCGGAGACGAACUAAUACCAAAAGAAGGUAUAACACUAGAGGGUACUGCAACCAAAUACUUAGAGGAGUUGACACAAAGAGUGCUCGAACUUGAUGGAUUUACAAAAAACAACAUUCCUGAACCUCAUAUUAAUGAUAUGACUAGAUUAAGAUACUUGGGAUUGAGAGAUACCAAUUUUGCGAUGUUACCAAUUUCUGGAGGGAUCCCUCCACAUCUGCAAACUCUAGAUAUAAGAGGUACAUCUAUCACAGAGUUGCCAUCUGAAGUUUGGACGCUUACAAAGCUUCGCCACUUAUACUUGAGCUCAGUGCGUUUGCUGAACUCACAAGCAUUGAGGUCUGGCAUACCACUGCAUAAUCUUCAAACCCUUAAAAUCGAUGAUUAUUAUCAAAACACCAGGAACAACCAAUUGGUUGGGUGUCUUAAGUUGUUAAGUAGUCUGAACACUCUAACAUUACGAGCCAACGAGAUCCCUCAAAAGGUUUUUACAGCAACAUCAACUCAUGCAAAGUUACAUAAGUUGAAGUUAGAUGGAACAUUGCAGCCCGAUGAACUCUGCGGUAUCGAAAAUUUCGCACCUAACAUCACCGAGCUCACAUUGUCUCGCUCAAACUUGCAAGGAGAGCCAACUCAAACACUAGGGCAGCUAAAAAACCUCAGGAUUCUCAAAUUGAGAGACGAUGCUUGCCAAUGUGAGAAUAUUUCUUGUUCUCCAGGCAGCUUCCCAAAUUUAUCUUACCUUGAGCUCAGCAACCUAUGUCAUCUAGCACUGCUCAACAUUGAGCCCGGAUCCUUUCCAAAUCUUAUGCACUUGUCUAUCCAUCGUUGCGACAAUCUGCAUGUGGUUCCGAAUGGUCUGGAUCACAUCACCACCUUACAAGUUCUAGAAUGUAAAGAGAUGCCCUCUAGUUUCGUGAAGGAGAUUAAUGACUGGCGCAGGACGCAUCCUACUGUGAGAGUCAUCAUCUCAGACCGCCAGCCACCGCAAGAUCUUUCGCCAACAGCCUAA